GCCGCCGCCCACCCUAUUACACACAGCAUGUAAACAGACCCCGCGCGGGAGGAGCCCCAAGCCCGCAGGGAGCCCGCGCCGCCGGGUCGCGCCGCCAGCCCGAGAGCGCACAGAGGCGCGCGCUGCCCGCCCGGGAGGAGGGCGCCCGAGGAGAGGAGGGCGGGCGGCGGAGGGAGCGGGAGGCGGGCGGCGCGCGAGGAGGCUGAGGGAGCGGCGGGCGCGGCGGGCCAGGAUGGAUUUCCAGCAGCUGGCUGACGUUGCGGAGAAAUGGUGCUCCAACACGCCCUUCGAGCUCAUCGCCACCGAGGAGACCGAGCGUAGGAUGGAUUUCUACGCCGACCCCGGCGUCUCCUUCUAUGUGCUGUGUCCGGACAACGGCUGCGGGGACAAUUUUCACGUGUGGAGUGAGAGCGAGGACUGCCUGCCUUUUUUGCAGCUAGCACAGGAUUACAUCUCCUCUUGCGGCAAGAAGACGCUCCAUGAAGUCUUGGAAAAAGUCUUCAAGUCUUUCAGACCUUUACUGGGGCUUCCAGAUGCAGAUGACGACGCGUUUGAAGAGUACAGUGCAGACGUGGAAGAGGAGGAGCCCGAGGCGGACCACCCCCAAAUGGGGGUCAGUCAGCAGUAGACUUCCAAGGGCUCCCACCUGAGAAGGAGAGUGAGCCCUGUGGUACCCGAAGCGGGGUCACGAGCUCCUGGGUUAGCAUUUUGCAUUAGCACUUCAAAACAGGACGUCUGACUCCCAGCAUCCAAAUUAAAAUGAAAUACCUUUUUAACGACCACACAAUAUCUGGGAUGAACUUUGCUCAGAAGUGACCUGAAUUUUGCUCCUGUUUCAGUGGGUCUCUGUGGAGUUGUCUCGGUAGCCUUUGCCAUUUUGAAUUUAGAGUCCAUGUGGUGGCUGACUGUUCUCUCGAGUUUAUGUUGGGGAACUAAAUUUGCUGACUCGAAUGUAGAGAACGCUGAAUGUAUUAAGGAUAUGUUUUGAGUCAUCACAGGUGACAUUAUUGAGGGAAAGCAUGGCAGAGAAGAAAUGCAGUCUGCACUUUUUAUGUACCUUUUAAGUGUAUGUAAGUGGAAGGUUUUGCUUAUAAAGCAUGAGUUUUAAUAUCUAGUCAUUAAACUGCACAAGUGCAAAUACAAGAGCAGAAAAGGAGAAUUACUUAGUUUUGGAUUAAGAGGGUAAGAGAGGCAAAGAAGCCUUUGUUUAAGUGUUCUGCCAUUACUGAGUUACCUGGAUAUGUAGCAACUGGUUCAUGGUUAGGUAGAAACAUUACUUGCAUGUUCAAUUAUUUUAAAACAUGCUGAUUCCAAAGCCACUUUUAAAGUGUAAUAGUGGAGAAUAUAAAGGGGGUGACAUAAAUUAUUGAUUUCUUUAAAAUGUUUAUAAGCCACCCCACAUAUGAAAUGAAACAUUUACCUUCUCCCUUUAUAGCAAGAUGGCAACUUGUUAAAUCAUGAAAACAUCCCAAAUCCAAGUGCCCCUUAAACUUUGAAGCCAUAGAUGAAUUUAGUAGGAAAAUAAACCAGGAUAAAUUUUUUUAAAAAUAUGAUGGAAUCCUUCUUUACUUUCUUAAUCUGACUUUUAUUCUUUAAAAAAAAAAGUCAAGAAAAGGAUCCCACUGUAUAAUUUAUUUAAAAAUUGUAAUCAAGUGCUUUGAGGAAGCUAAUUGCAGUGAAGUUUUCAAGUGAUAUGAAGGUGGGAAUCUUUUAAUUGUGGAUUAGCUUGAUUCAGAGGGGAAGUUUUAAUGCUCAAAAUACUCAGACAACUCACAGAAAUAACUGCUAUCAUAACUGGGAACACUGCUGUCAUCAGUUAGCAACAAACACUGAGGGGGGAAGCUCUUUGCAAUGCUAACAUAGAAUUAUUUAAAACAUUCAUUUUUCUUAGACCCUUCUGCAUCUCUGGUUCUAAUAAAAGAUGCAGAAUGCCUCUUUUACAACACUUGACUCAACACUUGACUAAACAUAACAUCUGGGGUGGAAUUGUUUUGAACAUGCACACACGUGCCUGUUGGGUUGUCAAAGUUUUAGAUUUAAAAAAAAAAAGCAGCAGCAGCAGAGGCCACAGAGCUUAUGGGAGUCUUGUAUAUCUUCCAGGCAUGUCGGUGUAAACCUGAUUAUCUCAACAUUUUCUGUUUAAUUGAUUGGUGCUGUGAGGAGUGCAGCUGCUCGUGGUAAAACUGUGUCCUGCAGUUUUAAGUCAUCGGGCAGAAUAAGUUCGUGGUUUCCAUCCGUGCUUUAGUACCCACGUUUUUUUCUUUUCUGGGAAAAACAUAUUAAAGGUUAACUUCAAGUGAAAUGCAUUUCCUUCGGAGUAGCCUAUUAACAAACCUUGGGGUUUCAUCCCGUGGGGCGAGCGGAUUCCGUGCUUUGCUCCCUUGCCUGUGUUCUGAUUGGCUCUGUGCCUGAGCACAGGUGAUUGGAAGCUAUACCUCCCAUAGAUAGUGCCCAGGUCUAUAAGCUCUAUUUUCUCACAAUCGGCCGAAAGAAUGACUUCUGCCACCAAAAUGAAGAAGCUUGACUGGCUUGCUCCAUUCAGAGGUAAACUGAAAUUUUGUACCUAGAGGCUUAAAAUCUAGAUUCACGUAUGUUUGAAAAUGGAAUGGACAUUAAUAUAAAAUGUAUUUUAUGAAAAGUGUGUUUAGGCUUUGACCAAAUGCAUUGCGGUAUUAUUACGUGAAUGUUCUCUGUUUAUAAAAAUUGAGCUGAGAUAGACUCAGCAAUUCAGUGGGCGGAGGAGAAAUCUGGUCUUUAUUCUGCCCCAGGGCUAGGGGAGAGCAUCACUGUGUGUUAUUUCCAAGGCAAACCCCCAAAGGGCAUCACGAGUCGGAUUGUUUCCUCUAAAGCUUCGUUUUCUGCGAUUGUGCACAUCCCGGCCAGUGCACGCUGACACACAGGCACACUACACACUCACACCCACCCACGCUGUGGAUUCUCUGUUCGGGUCGCAGGUGGCAUCAGAGCUUGCUCGGUGCGGAGCUUCCCCUGGCUGCUCAGGGACGCAGGCAGCCUGUGGUUCUCUUUCUGGAAGCGGUUCCCCGACUAGGUGAGUUCCACCUCUCCCAAACACACCUACCGAGAGGCAGCGUGGUGCCAUGGGAGGAGCGUGGACCCAGAGCUUAGGAGAGAGACCCAGGUUUAGUCCCGACUCUGCCAGUGACCGCGUGCCUGUGGACAGGUCACUUCACUCACCUGAAGCAAGGGGUGUCGGCCCUUCCUGCUUGAACCACUGUCCUUCCUUAACUGCCUUACUGUGUGCAUGUGUAUCGAGAGAUACGAAGGAAACACACUUUGAAUCUCGCUGUGCUUAGGGGCCUGGCCACAGGACAACCUUAGAACGUGUUUGUGUUGGUUCUGUGAGUGUUCAGACGCCGUCUGGCCUGAUGCUAAUGGGCUGAUGAGAUUCUGUCCUUAGGCGAGUUGGUAAAGGAGGGCCCUGGAGACAUGGGAAACAUAUCAAUACUUGUCCCAGUUGGCGUGCUCUGCUGUGGAAGGCAUGGGUUUUCUUUGCGCCCUGACAGACAGGCUUUGGAAGUAGAAUAAAUUUAACUUAACUGAGAGGGGGAAUUUGCAUGAAGCGUAGCUUGAAGAGAGUGAAAGAUGAGUGCUUUGUUGCCAUGUCAUCCAGUAGAGAGAGAAAUAAUAGAAAGUGAUUGAGUGUGCGUGCGUGUGUGUGUGUGUGUGAGUGUGUGUGCGUGCGUGCGUGCGUGUGCGAGAGUGUAUGCAUGUGUGCGUGUGUAUGUGUGUGCCUGUGUGAGUAGGGCGAUGGUUGGUUGCUUGUUCAUCGCUAUGGGCUAGCUGUGAAGUCACACCUGUGAUAAUGUUCCAAAACCUUGACCCCAGGUUUGAGUGAGUUAUAGAGACAUUUUUCUAAUGGCUACCUGGUUACUUUCCCUGCCUGAUAAUUAUACCAAGGAGACUUCGGGGAGUCAGAGAGCAGAUUCUGGAGGGAGGUGAGACCCCACACUAUGCCUGCCUCCACCCUGGAUACUACGGUGUCUACUCAGGUCUCCCAGGCUCCCAGCAGCACAUAGUGCUUUUUUUCCCUAUGCCUAGAACAUGAAAAGUCUCUUAUUUAGGAAUUAUCCUUUGUCCUGGUGCCGGAAUUGAGGUUUCCAGUGUCCUUAAGUGAAAACCCCUCUCCUCUUGUCGUCAUUGUCAGUUUCCACGUACGAGCAGAAAUCCCUCCCUAGCACAAGUACGUCUCUAAGUAUUGCUUCUGUUUCAGAAGAGCACAAGAUGUAUGGACCUAGGAGAGCUGUGAUACUAGAGCAUCAUUGGAAUUUACAUUUUAGGAAUCUGCCUUGCAUAUUAAAGUGUGCAAGUUGGAAAGCUGUGGUGUGAACAGAUCUGAUUUCUUAUGGUUUGAGAGACACGUAGGAAUAGGCAGGACUUAACCUGGGGUAGGGAGAGAUAAGUAAGCUAGAAUGGGAGACUUAGGGUCUGAUUCUUUAAAUAAAUAAAUAAGCCAAGAGGCUAUCUCACCAGGAUCCUGCUUUCCUCAAAGGGACUGCUUGCAUUUUGAGAGACAAGGCCUGUGCUGGGGGUGGCUUCAUGCCUUUAAAAAUGCCCCCUAGCCAAGAAGACAGUGGGCGUCCUGCAAAUCGGGUGGAAUUCUGUUCCUCACUAAAUCAGCUGCCAGCCAGAGAAGCCUGUAUCUCCAGAGUGCUGAUAGAUCUGUCAGGCCCCAGAUCACCUGGUAGGCAGAAAGGGAACCAAACUUGACCCCACUGUCCGCUUCAAGGGAAGCUACAGAUCAGGCAUGGCCCCGCCGGCAGGGGCCAGAGCCCACCUACUCCACCACGCUUCCGGGUUAUAGAAAGAGCACAAUUAAAGCUCAGGUGGAUCACAGAUCCCUCUUCCCUCUGGAGAGUGUUAACUCCAAAGAGAUGCUGUCACCUGAUUGCUUAGUGUUCAGAUGACCAGAGAAGCCUCGAAUUUUUUUGAAUUAAAAACUAAUCCUCUUCCAUAAGGACACAAUCAGUUAUCUUGGUUUGGUGAUAUCAGGUAUGACGUGAAAGGCUGAGUCUUUUAGAUUUUAUACAGAAUAAUCUUCAGACUUGCCAGGAUGCCAGUAGCCGCUGGUAUCCGUGGCAAUGUGGUGUCCAUGGUAAAAUAUCUAUAGCUCAUGUUCAUUGGGCAAAUGGGUAAAUAAUGUGUUGUCUUUGGUAUUUUUAUUUAAAUUUGGAUUACAAAAAUAGAGGACCUAUGACCAUUUCAUUUUGUAGAAAGUCCAUUUAAAGCAUGGUAUGGCUGAAUAGGCACACGUAGUUACAAGCAGGUGCAAGGCCACACACAAACAUUUAGUUUUCUGAGAACUGUGUAUUCAAGUUAUUCAGUACCACAGAGAGAGCUGACAGUCUGUUCUUUGUAAAACUGCCUUUGCCUGGUUUUUUGUUGUUGGUUUUUGUUUCUUCAGAUUCAUUUUUUACUUUAAGCACCUUCUGAUAGCUAGGCAGAUAAGAUACAGAGCAGUACUCUGUACAAAUGUCAGCUUUUUAAAGGAGAAGGUAAAUCAUCAGUUCUAGGGAAAACCUGAAACUAUCUGUGAACCAGUCUUAAUUUGUGUAAGAGAGCAACAUUUAGCUAUCUACAUAAGAAGCAAAAGCAAGGAACAGUUUGGGGUUUUUGUUUUUUAGAUGAGGAAUGUUUCAUACAGGGUGUCUAUGCUUUCUCUGCCUUUAUAUUUCCUUUCAAAGAAAUCUCUUGUAAAUUACAACACUGGGAAAUGGGUUGCCAGAAAGUGUUGCCCUUCCUUAGAUGCUUCAGCAGUGUAAACCCAUAAUUGAACCCUGUCCACACCUGCUCCUUCCUCUCUCCCCUGAGGGUGAGGAUCUCAUCCAACGAUGUAAUUACCAUACGCUUGCUAUUAAAGAGCCUUCCGAACUCUGGU